AACAAGAUAGCCUGUUAGUCGUUUCCUGACACUACAAGGGGGUGGUGCUGUAGCCUCGCGCACCCUCCUGUGAAUUUGUAAAAUUACUGGCCACAGACUUUUCAAAUAAGCUGAAGGAGCUGCGAGUUAACAGUUAUGUGAAUAGUGAUGUGCUGGGAACAGAUGUGAACAGAGAUGUGCUGGGAACAGAUGUGAACAAAGAUGUGCUGGGAACAGAUGUGAACAGAGAUGUGCUGGGAACAGAUGUCAACAGUGAUGUGCUGGGAACAGAUGUCAACAGUGCUGACGUAGAGUCUGCCCUAAACAGCUGUGGCAGAGACUGGGAUAUUCACGUUCUCUUCUACCUUCGUCUGAGGUGAGCGAAGAUGUCGUCCUCUACAGGGCCAUCUGGGGACAACCGACUAAACUACGCCAGGAAGGUGAGGUUCGUCAUGACCAUAGGUCAGCACAUCAUCUACAAAGUCUACCUCUGGCUGUACCAGGGCGGCGCCACCCCCUUAUUCCAGUAUCUGGAGACUCAAACUAAGAAAUUGACUGGCUUUGAAGGCCUCGAAAUUGAAGCCAUAAAAAAUGGACAUAUUCAAAGCAUGGACAUUAAGCUGCUCUAUAAGGUGGUACAGAGGACUUGUGGACUGGCCUCGAAAGACGAAGCCUGGUACAAAAAGGCAAUAUCGGCAAAGGACAUGAGUCUGGAACAAUCAUUAUACAAGCUCAAAAGUGAACGCAAUAACCUAUCACACCCAGGUAGCCCCGAAACGUUUAUCAAAGUGUCUGAUAGCAAGCUGAACGCCUAUAUGACGGAGUUGAGGGCUCUCUACACUAGGAUACUCGAACUGGCCGGCAAAAAAGGAAGUGUGAAACAGAGGGAUGUGGACACAGCAGUAAAGACAAUCGAGAAAGAACUUGAGGAUGAACGACACUCGGAGUCUGGUAUCAACGACAGCCAGUUUCUGGACUUAAGUCUACAGGAUCUGGAGAAAUAUGCGCAUAGUUUCAAAUCCGUUGCGUCCGAAUACGUGGAGGUGCGCCUCGCAUUGGAGAUCCAGAAGAAUCAUAACCCUUCAGAGAUCCCUCUCAAGGAUCUGCUAGGCCAAAUUUGUAAAGAUGGCUCCAAGCCUAAGGUGAUAAUUGUGGCGGGAGAAACCGGUGCGGGCAAGACUUCACUCUGCCAGUAUGUGAUGACCUCGUGGCUGUCUUCGACGACGACGUUGGUGAACCUGGACCAGUACCAGCUGGUCAUCACCUUCCACUGCGGCAGUGUCAACACCCGCGACCUCAACUACCUCCUCUCCUCCAAGAUUUUGCCCUUAGCCACACUUGCCUGUGAUUCCGGCGCCCUGACGCGGAUCAUGACGAGGCUGACGGUGCUCUGGUUAGUGGACGGAUGGGACGAGGCGACGCAGGAAGCAAGAGCUCUCCUGGAGGAGCUCUUCAACAAGUUAUCUCUUAGAGAUAACCAGCAGCCGCUACACACUGUUCUCAUAACCUCCAGACCGGAGCUUAGUGCAGGGCUCACAGCCGACGUCGUCCGCACCGACAGGCUUCUGAGAGCCUCACUGCUUGGUCUUGAUAGUGGUGAGAAAGAAGAGUUCCUGAAGAGAAAGGAAUCUGAACUCGACAGCAAGGGAAGUAAGAGAUCAAUUUCCACCUUCAUAGAACACAUGGCAAGUUUAAGAGGACUAGUUCUUGUAGAGUUGAAGAACCCUCUGAAGCUCCUGCUGAUGGCCAGACUGUGGUGCGAAAACACUGAGUUUCAACCUGAAAGUUCCCUAAUUAAGCUGUAUAUGAAUAUUAAGGAUACACUAAUUAAACAGCUUGUUGAUAAACUUCGAGCAACAGCAGCGCCGGCUGAUCACGAUGCACAAGAGUUAAUUGAAAAAUGGUUCAGGUGUUUCUGUAAGGUGGCCUUCAACUCUGUGAAAGAUGCUCCUGUUUUGAGACUUGACCCUCGAGAUCUGAAGCAAUUAAAGGAAGAAUGCCGUGACGUGAGAGAAUCUCCCUGUCUCUCCACUUUCCUUACACAUCAUCCGGGUUCUAAAGGCAAAGGUUAUUACAAGUAUCUACACUAUUCUGAGCAGUGUUUCUACGCGGCUCUUCACGUGACCUCCACGUGUUCACAAGCCCAGGAUCCCCAGGCUGAAAUGAACGACAUUUUUGACGCACACAUCCGGGAGUCUGAUAGAUAUAUUAACCAAUAUCUUGGCAUCUUCGAUAUAUUCAACGAUUUUCUAAUCUUGUUUAUGAUAAUUGUAUCUAAACUGAGCUUUGGAUGGAUCUUUUCUUGUAUGAAAAGUAAGGAAUUAUACAAGAAACUUCUACAAGUGAUUCGAAAACUUAUUAACUUAGUUUCCGGAAGGUACUCGACUCAGAACACCGCCCAUGACGACUCGAAUAUUAACAAGUAUCACGCAGUAUUGCUGCAGUUGUUGGAGAUGCGCGCUCUUAAAUACUUCACAGCAAAUAUUCCGGCCGCGUGUCUAGGUAACUUGCUGUUUCUGUCGCUGAAUGAAGAAGGGGACCCGAUUAAAUGGUUCCAAGUCUUACAUAGUUGCCAUUACGAAGAAGAUCUGGUAAGGGAGGUGGCUCGCAGAGUCGACAUGAAUUUAUGGAAUGUUACGGAUGGGGAUCUGAAGGCUGCGUGGGCUCUCUUGCGUCUUGUGACUCCCAAGGAAUUAGUCCUCAACAUCAUGGGAGACCCGAAGGAGCUACUUGAUCUUCCUGUACUUCUCUUAUUAGUUGCCGAGAGGAGAGUAAAGGUGCGCCUUUUUAUCCGCUGGCAUUACGGAAGCUGUGGCUUGAAAGAUUCAUCUGACGAGUACUUAAGUCUCCUGUGCGACGGUACAACCAAGUGCUCGAUGGUGUCUUUUAUGGGGCACCUGAGCAGCUCCAGCAUCUCAAGCCUGACGCACGCCUCCUGGAUGAAACAUUUGUCUCUCAGAGUCACAGAUGAUCACACGGUUGAUGCUCUGUGCUCCGUCACACACAAGCUGAGACGCUUACAAGCCCUAGACUUAGUGUAUGACCUCCGCAAAUAUACCACCCCUUGCUCUUCUUUAGACGGGUCGUUCGGCAUUUUGAAGUUCAUAGACAGUGCCCUAGGCGGGUUAACGCUUCAAGGCAGCACAUCCCUGAAUGUCUCGCUUACUCUGCCUCACCUGCCGGGUUCUCUGGUGACACGAGCAGUGGAUUUUAUCUCUGGCCUCAGUUCACGUUACAGGAUCCUGAGCGUCAGUCGCCUGGACCACAAGGAAGUGAAGAAACUCCUCGUCGGGUUGGAAAACAAGCACGUAUGUGUUGCUAACCUCAUCAAACCUGUCUUCUUCAAGCAAAUAGAUAGUUACAUCCCAGUGUCGAUCUGUUCACUUCCUCUACAGGUUCCUUUGAAAGAUGUGGUCCAGACGUGGCACGACAUAGACAAAAAUCCUCCCGACAUACUCAUGAGGAUUAACAUGAGUUAAGAAGUCGGAAAUUUUGUGAAGCACGCGUGUGUCUACCACUGGGACCUCACGACCGUAGCUCUCAUCCUGUAACUGCACUCAGGUAAUUAUACUGUGAAUUGUUUUUGGUGUUGUUCUGCAACUGCUUAGAGAUACAAGCCAAUCACAAGACAUGUUUCAGUGAACAGAAACCUAGCAGUGAAAGUUGUGACUCGAGACAACACGUGAGACACUUGUGUCUUGCUCGAUACAAUCCCUUCUGUAAACUGUUGUAUUCAAUGAUUGUAUUUAUAUUUUAAUAUAUAAAACUGAUUCAUCACU